AUGCCUGCCACGCGAAAUGAUGAUAAGUAUUCGGCUAAAGUAGGUUCUAUAUUUUUAUUUAAUCUAAUUGUUGGAACUGGUGCUUUGGCAUUGCCUGGUGCAUUACAAAGAGCAGGCUGGUUAGUAGGAAUAUUUUUAUUAGUUGUGCUCGCAUUAAUCAGUUUUAUAACUGUAACUUUCAUUGUGGAAUCAUUAGCUGUGGCUAAUGCUGUGUCUAGAAAGCAAUACGGCGAGUCAAGUUCGGCAGAAGCUGACAGGCAAAGACUUAUAGAAGAUGAUGAUGAUGAUGAUGCUUACAGCAUCGCAGAGAAGUAUGAAAUUGCACAAAUGGCUGUUUUACUUUGCCCCAAGUGGUGUCAAGUAAUUAUAUAUACAAGCUUAUGUUUAUAUUUGUUUGGCGAUUUAGCCAUAUACGCAGUAGUGUUUGGAAAAACAUGGGCAAAUGUUUUGUGUGCGAGAAACUUAAAUAAAACAACCCUUGAAAUAUCUGAUACUGUUCUUUGUUUUGAAUCCUCCACUUUAUCCACAAUGUGCAUUUAUAGAAUAAGUAUUUUUUUUUUUAUAGCACUUAUCGGUCCUUUUACUUUUUUUAAUUUACAAAAAACAAAGCUCCUACAAAUAUUUACCGUUUUAUUGAGAGUUGUGGCUUUUACCAUAAUGCUGGUUUGGAGCAUAACAAAAUUACUUAUCGAUGGACAAGAAGGUAAUCCCCAGCCGCUUACCAUAGUGGCUCUACCUGCACUUUUCGGGGCAGUAGUUUACUCUUUCAUGUGCCAACAUUCAAUUCCUGGAUUAUUACAACCUAUUAGAGAUAAAAAAUAUGUAAAAUAUUUAAUACCAUUGGAUUUUUCUGUUAUUACAUUGUUUUAUAUUGCAUUAGGUCUUACGGCAAUAUUUGCAUUUAAAGAUGUUAAUGAUCUGUAUUCGAUAGAGUUUUGGGAAGAAACUGAAGAUCAAGAUUCAUCUAAUUCUGUAAUAAUUAUAUCAUAUUUUUUGGCUUUAUUCCCCAUCUUUACCACUGGUACAAAUUAUCCCAUUUUGGCCAUAACUCUUAAAAAUAAUUUUCGAGCCUUAAUUUUAAAAGAGACUCCAAAAACAUGGUACAUAGAUCAGUUUUUACUUCCACUUUUAGUUAUCAUACCUCCUACUGCCUUAGCUCUUUGUACAUCUAAUUUAAGUCUAUUAGUGGGAAUUAUAGGUUCUUAUUGCGGAUCCUGUGUUCAAUAUUUAAUUCCAUGUUUAUUGGUGACAUAUGCCAGAUUACAAACAUUGGAUAAUCCAAAUACUUAUUCUUCUGCAUUUAAAUCCAAAAUUUGGAUUAUUUUAGCAUGCACAUCAAUGUGUACAUUGAUGAAAGAUAUGACUCAAGUUAUAUUAGAGAAGAGUAAGAGUAAUAAAAAAUAG